AUGGAUAGUAGCAAUCUACUUCCCCCUCCAACUAGAAUCAAUGACGUACACAAACAUUACGAUGUAGCAGUUUCGGUCAUUGUGAUGAUGAUUCUGGCAACGGGAAUAUCGAUAGGGCGUCUGAUUAUACGAAAGAACACCAGAUCUUUCGGGAACGAUGAUUGGGCCAUGAUACCCGCACUGGGAAUCGUUGCUACUGCGUUCAUCUAUCCAGCCAUGACAGCGGCAAUUAGGGUCUCGAUAUUGUUGUUCUAUCUGCGCAUUUUUGGGAAGACCCAGUCUAUCAUUAAAUGGGUCAUCUGGGCAUGCCUUGCAUUGACAGCAGUAUAUGUCGCCGUGUUUUCCAUCAUCCCAGGACUGAUAUGCACCCCUUUGUCCGCUACAUGGCACAUUCUUACCAGGAAAGAUCACUGUAAAAGUGAUCAGAUGUACUACGAUUAUAACGUUGCGUUGUAUAGUGCAAGUCUUGGGAUGGACAUCUUGCUGCUUAUUAUCCCUAUCUAUCCAGUCAUGGGUCUACGUAUGCCGCUGAGACGGCGUCUUGGUGCUUUGUUUAUCUUCGCUCUGGGUACCUCGGCAUGUGUCGCGGCAUCAUAUAAGCUUGCAGUGUGGGUUACCCAAUGGCAAAGAACAGGCAACAUUGAUCCCAGCUGGUUCAAAACUCAAAUGAGUCGAGUGAUACCGCCACAAUGGGACAGCUUUGGUUACACUUUCUGGCUUCCAUCUCAGGUCGAGCCAACGGUAGCUAUUAUUGGCUCUGCACUCCCUGCUUAUCGGCAACACUUAUUUCAUCUGUACCAACGCAUUUCUUCAGAGGUCAGGUCAUUUUCAAUGGGGAAGUCGUCAUAUAGUAUGGACGUUUCGAACGAUAAUAGUUCAACUUUUGAGUUCAAUGAUCGGACAGGCCGAUUACCAUAA